CCAUGGUUUGGGUGUGACCACAAUUGCAGCGUCCCGGAAGAACUGUGUUUUAACUAACUAUGUAGGCUAGAAGUUUGUAACCAAGCAAAGUGAUUUCAAACAGUUGAAGGGCCGUGGUCGCCAUGGAGGAGACGGAUAAGGAGGUGGUUGCCAUGGCGGUCCAGAGGGUCGCCAGCAUGCUGCAGCGACCGGACCAGCUGGACAAGGUGGAGCAGUAUCGGCGGAGAGAGGCACGCAAGAAGGCCUCCGUAGAAGCAAGGCUGAAGGCUGCCAUCCAGUCCCAGCUGGACGGGGUACGCACGGGCCUCUGCCAGCUCCACAGUGCCCUGGGGGACGUCAAGGCCAUACAGGGCUCCCUGGCAGACGUCAGCAAGGACUGGAGGCAGAGCAUCAACACCAUCACAAACCUGAAGGACGUGAAGGAUGUGGUGGUGCAGCACAGCCAGUUGGCCUCAGCUGUGGAAAACCUCAAGAACAUCUUUUCAGUGCCAGAGAUUGUGCAGGAGACCCGGGAGCUUAUUGAGCAUGCCGAACUUCUGCAGGCACACCGUAAGCUGAUGGACCUGGAGUGCUCACGUGACGACCUCAUGUACGAGCAGUACCGGCUGGACAGCCGCAAUGCGCAUGACAUGAACCUGAUCCGCAACUACUUCGAUGAUGUGCAGGGGCUCUCCGAUGAGCUGGCCAAGCAGCUGUGGAUGGUGCUGCAGCGUGCCAUCGUGACAGUUCGCCGGGACCCCACUAUGCUGGUGUCAGUGGUGCGCAUUAUUGAACGUGAGGAGAAGAUUGACCGACGUAUGUUGGAUCGCAAGCGACAGACGGGCUUCAUCCCACCGGGCCGGCCCAAGGCCUGGAAGAAGCACAUGUUCCAGGUGUUGGAGGGCACCGUGAGCACGCGCAUUGAAGGCUCCCAGGCAGAGACCCGAGAGUCAGACAAGAUGUGGCUUGUGAAGCUGUUGGAAAUCACACGCAAGAACGUGCUGGACGACCUCAUCGUGGUGAAGAACCUGAUGGUGCAGUGCUUCCCACCCCACUACAAUAUCUUCCAUAUUAUGUUUGACUUCUACCACCGAUCCCUCUCCGCCCGCUUGAAGGAGCUGGCUGCUGAAGACCUGGAGGCCAACGAGAUUGUGUCCCUCCUCACCUGGGUGCUUAACACGUACAAAAGCGUGGAGAUGAUGGGCCACCCGGAACUCCUUGCUGAGUGUGACGUGAACCUGCUGGAGCCACUCCUGCCGCAGAAGGUGGUCAGUAGUCUGCUCAGCAAGUACCUUCAGACGUUCAAGUCCAACAUCACCGGUUGGCUUCGCAAAGCGCUGGACACAGACAAGAAGGACUGGCAGAAGGAGACGGAACCCGAGGCAGAUCAGGACGGCUACUAUCAGACCACACUACCUGCCAUUGUGUUCCAGAUGUUUGAGCAGAACUUACAAGUGGCUGCUCAGAUCGACGAGAACUUUAAAGAAGAGGUUCUCAGUCUUUGCCUGAAACAGAUGAACUCAUUCCUACGCAGGUACCGGGAGGAAGCAGCGGCCUACAGAGAAGAGCACUUAAAAGAUAGGCAGCUCCCGCAGUGCUAUGUUCAGUACAUGAUUGCAAUCGUCAACAACUGCCAGACGUUUAAGGAGUCUGUAAGCAGUUUAAAAAAGAAGUACUCCAAGAUGGUAGAGCCCGUGCAGAGUGACGCAGCUAUCGAGACGACACUGAAUGAAGUUGCCAAAGAGGGCUGUCAGUUCCUGCUGGAUGAAGUCUUUCUGGAUCUAGAGCAACACCUCAGUGAGCUGUUGACAAAGAAAUGGCUCAUGGGAUCCAAUGCAGUGGACACCAUUUGUGUGACAGUAGAGGACUACUUCAAUGACUUUGCAAAGAUCAAGAAGCCAUAUAGUGAGGAGAUGACGACUGAGGCUCACCGCAGAGUGGUAAUGGAGUACAUCAAGGCCAUAAUGCAGAAGCGCAUCUCUUUCAGGAGCGCAGAAGAGAGGAAAGAGGGGGCAGACAGGAUGAUUAAGGAGGCAGAGCAGUUCAGAUUUCUUUUCAAGAAACUGUCCUCUGGUGGAGACAGCGAUCGCAUGUGUUCUGCCAUCGUUGCCAUUGCUGAGGUGUUCAAGCUCACUGAUCCCUCCCUGCUGUAUCUUGAGGUGUCCACGCUAGUUUCAAAGUACCCAGAUAUCAGAGAGGAGCACAUCAUGGCCUUGCUGGCAGUGCGGGGAGAUGCCGGUCGUGACAUGAGGACGAUGAUCAUUGAGACCCUGAACCAGAACAAGCCCUCUUCAGCUGCUGACACCCAGCCUGUGUUUAGGGAUAUCACCGUCCCCUCCAUGACUGUACCUAAACUGCUGAAGUAACACAGCGCAGAACCCGACCCAUUUUGUAGACGGCAGAUCCUACUUUCU